AUGGCCGAAAGACCUUUCGAAAGUUUGCGGACGGUAUCGGACGGCGAAUUUUUCUCCCAAAAAACCUACAAGCCCUUGGAUCCAACCUCAUCCAGGAAGUGGCCUGAGUGGUAUUUCGCCAGGGGGUUUGGUGUUUCGCAAUCAACGUUCAAAAGCUGGUACAUGCGAUAUGUAGGAGUUCGCAACAAUGGAGAUGCCCACGAAAUCGGUCUGGGCGCGGUGCCAGAGUUUCGCGCGGUCUUUUCCUCGCGCGAGGCCGACCCCGAGAAGAGAUGGUGGGCAGGUCUCGCCGAGAAGAGGCUACAGAAAAAGUAUCACAAUCUCGCAAAAGGGAGGCUAGCGAAGAUAAGAAAAGCUUCAGAUUCGCACCCGGCUCCGAUGCUGCGUGGACAACCUAGACAACCUCCUCAAAGCCAGCAGUGCUUUCAUCACAUCUUGUAUGUGCCAGCAAUGAUUGAGAAGACCGAAGCCAUUGAAGGAAACGCCCACUUACCUUGUCGAGUCCCGCUAGAUUCUGAAGCCCACGGCACCUUGGUUCCUCGCUGGUUUGAGAAGUCAAACAUGAACAUGUUCAAAGAGCUCUACUCAAAACACCUGUCAUCUUGCAGUUCAGACAGAAGGCAAAAUCGACGCACCACAGCGUAUCUACACCAAUCAUUGGUAGUUGCUGAAGUACUUCGCCACAAAUAUCGACGUUGCGUACAAUAUGCGGCCGGCUUGCCCGAAGCUCAGCGGCGUAUCGUGGAAAAAGGCAAGAAAUCAGAGACUUGGCUUGUAUUGCUGAAUGUGAACGGUAGUCCUAGUCCCGAGCACGUAAAUCGGAUUUAUACAGAGUUGGGGCUGGUUCUUGAGAUGUAUUGUGACCAGAACAGUGAGAUGAUGCCACCUCGGAUCGAAUGGGAAGCGGACAGGCAUCGAAUGCCAGAUAUUAAGACUCUGGAUGAAGUUGCUAGUUACAUGGGGACUUGGCGUCCAAAGACGUGUUUUGCCAAUUUCAAAAUAGAGACAAAGUGUGCGUUGGCUGACGUUCAAGACACCGUUACGAAGGAAACGUACACGGCUGACAAUACUGGCUUCGAAGCAUUCGUUGGUGGCGAAAAGCCUGGACCUCAUGAGUUCAUCAGCUCCGACGUCCCGUUCAAAAGAUAUAAAGUCCAUCAAGUGUAUGUACCAUCUCUUGAGAGGUUUAGGGAGUUUCGGGUUUUCGUCACCACAACUGCAUCAUCCCCUUCCACACUAGAGAGAGAUUUGAAGGUCCAAGGUGUCAUCAAAACAAGCUGGGUGGAAUAUGGAAAGGAGCGAUAUCUUCAUGUAGCGUCCGUGGGAGAGAACGAUACAUGUGAUGACUACCCUCACUUGACGCCAAAAACGCUCACCGAUUAUGCACUGCAGCCCCGCACGGGUUUCUUCGUUAACGAGAGAAGUCCAAUAUGGGCGGCAGACAUGUUCUCAGAAGAGGCCCAAGCGAAGCCGCACGAUCAUAUGUGCAAAGCAAUCGCCAGAGCUAUCAAUGAAGUGUACCCGGCCCCACCUCAGGUUACAUAG